AAUUGAAGAUUCAGAAGAUACUCAAUUCACCACAAAACCUAAUGAUGAUAACAAGAAGACGAAGAAGAAGAUUGAAUCGUACUUUCCGAAGAGAGGACAGAGUUUGGAGCUGGUAUGCGAAAGCCUUGCUUUCAAAGGAAAAGGAGUUUGUAAAGUGGCCAACUCCGGUUUCGUCGUUAUGUGCGACCGUGCUCUUCCUGGCGAACGCCUCGUCGCCCGCAUCACUCGCAAGAAAGACAAUUACGCUGAGGCGACUAAAUUAAAGACAAUAUCCCCGCACUGGGACUUUGUGGAAGCUCCAUGUGAACAUGCUUUACAUUGUGGAGGUUGUAAAACACAGAAUCUACUGUAUGAGGCGCAGAUCAGAGCUAAAGAACAACAAGUCCGAGAGUUGGUCAUACAUGUGGGGAAGUUUUCUGAUAAAGACCUGGAAUCUUUUAACAUCAUGAAGCCCAUUAUUCCCUGUGACAUUCAAUUUCAUUAUAGGAACAAGAUGGAAUUUUCAUUCAGUAAUCAGACAUGGGUACCUAGAGACUUGUUACAGGAUAAACAAAGUGAACAAAGUGAACAAAGUGAUGCCGCUGACUAUGCAUUGGGACUGCAUGCUCCUGGCUUUUUUGAUAAGGUUCUUAAUGUCAACAAAUGCUUAUUACAAAGUGAGCCUGCCAAUGAGGUUCUCAAAGCUAUUCAAGAUUGUUGGAGAGAUCCAAAAUUAGGCCUUUCUCCGUAUAAUGUACAUUCCCAUGCUGGGUAUCUUAAGCAUCUAAUGCUGAGAACAGGCAGGGAUGUCAAUACUGGUCUUCUUCAACUUAUGGUUAAUUUUGUGACUUCGUCCCACAAACCAGAGCUCCUGAAUCCCCUUGUUGAGAAAAUUUCAGCCAUACCUGAAGUGGUGAGCAUUGUGAACAACGUAAAUACUUCUGUCGGUAACACAUCUGUUGGUGAGGAUGAGUUCACGUUAUAUGGUAAAUCUACCAUCACAGAGAUCCUAAGAGGGCUUGUUUUUCAAAUUUCAGCCAAUUCUUUCUUUCAGACAAAUUCACACCAGGCGGAGGUUCUUUAUCGACUCAUUGAAGAUUAUGCGGAUCUCAAAGGAGACGGCUCAGAAAUUGUCCUUGACCUUUUUUGUGGAACGGGCACCAUUGGCUUGACACUAGCCAGAAAGGCCAGACGUGUUUAUGGCUAUGAAGUAGUUCCUCAGGCUAUCUCAGAUGCUUGUCGUAAUGCCAAGAUGAACAACAUCAAUAAUGCCACAUUUGUACAAGGAGACCUCAAUAAAAUUGAUUUGAAUUUUGGGAAAAAUUUUCCAAAGCCCGACAUCAUCAUAUCAGAUCCAAACCGUCCAGGAAUGCAUAUGAAGUUAAUUAAAUAUUUACUAAAGCUUCGAGCCCCACGGAUUAUUUAUGUGUCCUGUAAUCCUGCAACAUGUGCACGGGACCUCGAUUACCUCUGUCACGGUGUGGCAGAGCAAAAUAUAGAGGGAUGUUACAAACUAAGAAGCCUACAGCCAGUAGACAUGUUCCCUCACACUCCUCACAUCGAGUGUGUUUGCCUCCUGGAGCUUCAGUGAUAUUUCCUUUAUGAGGGUACUGAAUUUCUCAGAGAUGGUGAUUUUCAAAUAUGAAGACGAGAUAUAUUUCGAACUGGCUCAUUUCCCUAAUUAUGAUUUUUUAAAAAACUUAAUUACAUAACUAGGUGUAUUUUAAACUUUAUUCCCAAACUUGGGAAGGAGCGCCUUUUGAUAAAUAUGCUUUUAAGUUGUUUAGCUGGAAUUGAUAAACAAGUUUAUAAGCUGGUUCACUAAAAAACGUGUUCACUAAACACAUUCUUUUAGUUCGGGAAUAAAGUUUAAAAUACAUCUAAUUAUGUAAUCAAGUUAAAAAAAUACCUUAAUCAGGAAAGUCGACCGCAUUGAACUGUAGAAAGAGUUCCAAAUGCCAUUUCUAGUCUGCUUCUCACCAUGCAGAAGGAAAGUCAGCAAACCAUGGAGUAAGUAUGUGAUGGCUGCAAGGUUUUUGAUGCGCAACUACUCUCAUAACAUCAUGAUCAUUGGAUCGAUGAAUCGGUCAGAGACCCAUGUUGAGAACGCCAAUCUGCCUACCGAUCUUCAAUUCAAAAUGCCUCCCUGGGCUCGAAGCACAUGCGAGGCUUCACUCUGGAAAGCUUGUAUUACAAAUUUGAAUCUCGUCACAAACACAUCCAGGUUAAUUUUUAAAAUUGAAUUCUGAUGCCAUUGUACGCCUUAUGCGGUGCCUAGUUUCUGGAUAUUGGUUGUACACAUGAUGUUUGUUCUGUGAAAUUCGACUAAUUAAUUAAUUAAUUUUUUAUUUUUUA